AUGCCUCUAUCCAUCCAGGACGACGAUUCAGAGCUUCAGAGUGUUUCUGACAGGUUAGAUGAUCUGCCUGUAAGCAGAAUGCCCAGCUUCGGCGGCAAGCUGCAAAAAUUCAUUCAUACCGGAAACUUUGCUACAACGACAGGGUUGAAACGAGAGCUGCCAGAUGAUAUGACAACAGAACCAUACCACAGCCCUCCAGCAUCGUCAUCACUCCUUCGUGACACGAUACCCGCAAACCUCCUCCUCCUCCUCGUCGGUGUAAACCCGGGACUCCUGACCGGAAAAACCGGCCAUUCCUACUGCCACCCUUCCAACCUAUUCUGGAAACUCCUCCACUUGUCCGGUAUCACUCGCAUCCGACAUCCCCCCUCAGACACAUAUAAGCUACCAGAGCUCUACAGCGUGGGAAACACGAAUAUCGUGGAGCGACCAACCAGAGACGCAAGUAUGCUCAGCAAGGCCGAGAUGGACGCGGGCGUACCUGUGCUAGAAGCCAAGGUGGCGGCCAAGCGACCCGAGGCUGUUGCGCUGGUUGGGAAAAGUAUCUGGGAGUCUAUAUGGAGGGUGCGGCAUGGACGGGGGAUUCGUAAAGAGGAGUUUCGAUAUGGGUGGCAAGAUGUCUCCGAGAAUAUGGGCUGUUCGCCUGAUUCAGAUUGGGCUGGUGCACCUGUUUUCGUAGCGACUACAACAAGCGGUCUGGCGGCUAGUAUGACAUUUGCAGAUAAGCAGGCUGUAUGGGCUGAGCUGGGGAGCUGGGUGGUUCGUAGGAGGACAGAAAGAGAACUUGCUGGUUCUGAAUAA